AUGAGUGCAUACCCGGUCAUAGGCCUAAGUAACCUUCACUUCAUUCAAUACAGUCAAUUAUUCUUCUCUCGUGUGGACGCCGAAGUCGAAAAGAACGACUCUCACGCCAUGGACUUCCGGGAAAAGUACAACGACCUUUCCCAAGAUCAUGUGGGUCGUAAAAGCGACAUCGAGACGCUCGAGCAACAAGCCGCCGCCUUGAAAAAGACUAUCAAUGCUUUGAGCAUCGGGGGAGCCGUGAAGCCAUUGAAGAUCAAUAAAGAAGCGGGUCGCGAGCGCAGUAACAGCGUUGUCGAGGGCAACUCGACGAUUCAUAACAGACUAAACGCCACAGAGGCCAGAGCAGCAAUGCUAGGAGCUGCCAGUUCCAAGCAAGCACAAGCAUUGGAGCAACUCGACAAGAUCGUCAGCCUCUCGGGCGCAAUAUUGCAAUCGCAGGAUGACAAGAUCAAGAGCUUGGAGCAGAAGGUGGAAGAAAUUACCAUGCAAUUCAGACAGCUGCACGAGCUUGCGUGUGUUUCUUUAGCACAACAGACCAGCGCAAACCAAGAGGUCGACGCUUUAGAAGCCAGGCUACUGAUGUUGGAGGUACGGGGCGCUGAGCAAGCGAGAGAAUUCAAGAGAUCUGAGCAGGCGGCAAGCAGAAUUCAAGAAUCACUACAAGAGCGGAUCUACGCCUUGGGGCAGUCUAAUGCACGUUUCAAAAUUAAACUUCAAGCACUGGAAAAUCAAAAAGUUCAACAAGACAAGCAGCUUCCGGAUAUAAAAGACUCGAAGCCAGUUCAAGAGACUGAACAGGAACAAGGAGAGCAGAAAGGUUUGAAGAAAAGCCGAAGUCUACUUCGGAAGAAGCCCAGCAAAACCUGGAACUUUGGACUUGUUUCAUGA